UUGUCAGAGCAACCCUACCGCCCCUGUUGAGUUACAUUGUAGCAAGCAUAGCCAUCUAUGUCAAUACAAUGACGUAUCAGAGGGCUGUAAUUACUGUUUGUUGUUUUUGAAAGGUCUUCAUGUGACGAGUUAUAACAUGAUAACUUGCAGCAGUCGUUUCACAGCAUACUACGGCGAGUUUGAGGAACUCAUGUAUGAGCAUCGAAUCGAAUGCUGAGAAUUCAUUGCGCAAGACAUCUUUCAAUGACUCGAAAUAAUUUUUCUAAACGAACGAGCCUUGUUGCCUUUUGGAUGCCUGUAGCGACAUACUACAAACAGACCUAAUCAGAGGCCCACAUUCCAUGACUGGGGUUCCGUUUAAGCUCUAAGCCAGUCAAUGAUGCUAACCCCCACCACCCCUGAAGCAGAGGACAAGGCUUAUUGCUGCGACUCCCCACAGAAGCUUGUGGCUCAAUUCUCCCACUCAUGCCUGUGAUCCCCAUCCCUCGGCGUGUGCGUAGCUUCCAUGGUCCCCACACCACCUGCAUGCACUCGGCCUGUGGGUCUGCACACACCACCCAGCUUGUGCGCACCAAGUACAACAACUUUGACCUUUACCUGCGCUCACGCUGCAUGUACGGCUUCCUGCGCUUCCUGCUCUACUUCGGCUGCAGCCUUCUGACCUCCCUCCUCUGGGUGGCGCUGUCGGCUCUAUUCUGCCUGCAGUACAUGAGCGCCCGUGUCUUCCUGCGGCUGCAGUACAAGCUGUCCGUCAUCCUACUGUUGCUAGGACACCGGCGCCUUGACUUUGGGGUGCUCAACAACCUGUUUAUCUACAGUAUGCAGGUCACAAUGUUCCUGGUGGGAGGCCUGGGCUGGUGCUUCAUGGUGUUUGUGGACAUGUAGCUUCUGGUGACAACAGUGACCAUGGAUUUUUUAUUGUUUAAAAAAAAUGUAACCUUUAUUUAACCAGGUAGGCCAGUUGAGACCUGGCCAAGAUAAAGCAAAGCAGUGCGGCACAAACAACAACACAGAGUUACACAUGGAAUAAACCAACGUACAGUCAGUAACACAGUAGGGGGGAAAAGUCUAUAUACAGUGUGUGCACUGUUAUAUACCAAUGUCAGACCUCUACACAAUGCACAGCAGCCAUUUUGUACCAAAACAUUACCACACAGCAGCAGUUGCGAUGAAGGCGUAAGGAUGGCCAGGAAUAGAAGGUGGACAGAAUAUAUGGUUACACUCUGGUGCUAUUUGCCUGAAAAAAGCUGAUGCAUACUUAACUCUAAGACUUCUGUAAUAACAAGCCUUACUUUAGUUUGGACCAUGAGGGGUGGGAUGCCUCUCAAGACCCUAGAAAGGAAAACAUGCUGUCUUCUGUUUGACUGGAGAAAACAAAUCACGCAAAAUGUUGAAUUCUAAGCAUAAAGGAUACGUUCGUAUUGGUGUUGGAUUCAAAUCCCUUGGUGACCAACAUUCUUUUUGUAACGUUAUUAUUUUACACAUCGUCUUUUCAUUUAAAAAAAGAAACAAUAUCGUGCUGUAAAGUAUAUGGAUAAGUGAGUAUGUGUUAGUGUUUGCAGAUUGUGUCUUAUUGAUGCCACUAAUAUCUGCCAUGGGCAUGGCCUGCUGCUUGAGCUGUGUCAUCGAGUCUGUAACAGUGCGAGUUAGUUACAGUGGGUGGCUUUGGGUGAAGUGGUCAUUUAGUCCCUCACAUGGUCCCAGAAUCCCUCUCGCAGAGAGAACACUCUGUUCGGCCUCCCUCGGAAAACAAUAGCCAAUCACAGCCAGACACCUCCGUCUCUGCCAACCAAAACAAUGGCUGUGGCUGUGUCCCAAUGGCCUCCUUUACUCAGCUUCUUCCCUACACUAGGACUGAUCUGAUAAAUAUAGGAAAGGCUGUAAUGAUAGGAUGAAAACCUAUUCAGAAUGUUUAUCAUUGUGGUCAUGUGUAAAGCCUGUAGUUUUCACUGACCAUGUGCCAAUAACUUUCUCUUUGUUCAUUUUAAGUACUGAAAUCCUGAUCAAUUUCUCCUAAAUUCUCCUCCUUUCCUUGUCCCCUUUUCCACAAGCCUAGGUCCUGGCCAGGAAAAGGUCUGGCCCUAGUUAUAGUCACAGCCUCUGUUUCAGUACUUAAACAGUGUGCAAGCCAAGUUUCCACCAUGCUACUUUCUAUUCAGUCUGUUUCAGAUCAGUGCUCAAUACUAAGGGAAGAAAACGAUUUAAAAUAUUUGGGACUCAUCCCCAGUCGUUGGAUGGAGUUCAGAGAUAGAGGACUCAUCUUAAUAUCUGUGCCAUUAUAGUGUCUGUGAUAGCCAGUGAGGCUACAACCCAUAAGAAUCCCUACCCAGUUGACUACUUUGACCAAUUUAAAAUGGCGACAUGGCUGAGGACUGGCAUUGGGCCGAAGUGGGUACACAGCACAACCCUGUAUUGUUCUAGGAUCAACUCAUCAAAUGCCUCAUACUCUGGGGCACUCAUAUUUGUUUGCCUAGUUCGUAUGUCCUGUUAAAACGGAAAAGAAGGAAGAAUUGUGUUUUUGACAUACAGUUCCUAAAGGAAGUGUUCAUACCUCUUGACUUAUUCCACAUUUGGUUGUGUUACAGCCUGAAUUCAAAAUGGAUUACAUUUUUUUUAUUUUUUAUAUCUCACCCAUCUACACACAAUUAAUUAUUCCACAUUUGGUUGAGUUACAGCCUGAAUUCAAAAUGGAUUCCAAUUUAAAAAAUGAUCUCACCCGUCUACACACAAUAACCCAUAAUGACAAAGUGAAAACAUGUUUUUAGAAAUGUUUGCUAAUUUAUGGAAAAUUAAAUACAGAAAUAUCUAGUUUACAUAAGUAUUCACACCCCUAACUCAAUACCUUGUAGAAUAACCUUUGGCAGUGAUUACAGCUAUGAGUCUUUCUGGGUAAGUCUCUAAGAGAGUCUCUACUCUCUAAGAUUUCCAUUCCUGGAUUGUGCAACAUUUGUGCAUUAUUCUUUUCAAAAUUCUUCAUGCUCUGUCAAAUUGGUUGUUGAGCAUUGCUAGACAACCAUUUUCAUGUCAUGGAUUUUCUAGUAGAUUUAAGUCAAAACUACCUCGGACACUCAGGAACAUUCACUGUCUUGGUAUGCAACUGUCUUGGUAUGCAACUGCAGUGUAGAUUUGGCCUUGUGUUUAAGUUAUUGUUCUGCUAAAAGGUUCAUUAAUAUCCCAGUGUCUGGUGGAAAGCAGACUGAACUAGAUUUUCCUCUAGGAUUUUGCCUGUGCUUAGCUCCAUUCUGUUUCUUUUUUAUCCUGAAAAACUCCUGUCCUUAACUAUUACAAGCAUACCCAUAACAUGAUGCAGCCACCACUAUGCUUGAAAAUAUGGAGAGUGGUACUCAGUAAUGUGUUGUAUUGGAUUUGCCCCAAACAUAACACUUUGUAUUCAGGACAAAAUGUUAAUUGCUUUUCCACAUUUUUUGCAGUAUUACUUUAGUGCCUUGUUGCAACCAGGAUACAUGAUUUGGAAUAUUUGUAUUCUUUACAGGGUUCCUUCUUUUCACUCAGUCAAUUAGGUUAGUAUUGUAGAGUAACUACAAUGUUGUUGCUCCAUCCUCAGGGAUCUCCUAUCACAGCCAUUAAACUCUUAACUAUUUUUAAAGUCACCAUUGGCCACAUGGUGAAUUCCCUGAGCAGUUUCCUUCCUCUCUGGCAACUGAGUUAGAAAGGACACCUGUAGCUUUGUAGUGACUGUGUGUGUUGAUACACCAUCCAAGUGUAAUAACUUCACCAUGCUCAAAGGGAUAUUCAACGUCUACUUUUUACAAAUUUGUACCCGUUUACCAAUAGGUGCCCUUCUUUGUGAGACAUUGGAAAACCUUCCUGGACUUUGUGGUUGAAUCUUUGUUUACAAUUCACUGCUUGACUGAGGGACCUUGCAGGUAAUUGUAAUAAUAAUGUUAAACUUUAUUAUUGUACACAGACCAUGCAAAUUAUUUUCUCCUGAACUUACACUGAAUAUACCAUACCACUGAAUAUACCUUGCCCCAAGAACAGCCUCAAUUCGUAAGGGCAUGGACUCUACAAGGUGUCAAGAAUUCCCAUAGUUGUGUCAAGUUGGCUGAUGGUCCUUUGGGUGGUGGGCCAAUCUUGAUACACAAAGGAAGCUGUUGAGAGUGAAAAACCCAGCAGCGUUGCAGUUCUUGACACAAACCAGUGUGCGUGGCACUUACUACCAUACCCCGUUCAGAGGCACUUUAAAUAUUUUGUCUUGCCCAUUCACUCUCUGAAUGGCACACAUACAGUACACAAUCCAUGUCUCAAUUGUCUCAAGGCUUAAAAAUAAUUUAACCUGUCUCCUCCCCUUCAUCUACACUGAUUGAAGUGGAUUUAACACAUGACAUCAAUAAGGGAUCAUAGUUUUCACCUGGAUUCUCCUGGUCAAUCUGUCAUGAAAAGAGCAGGUAUUCUUAAUGUUUUGUACACUCAGUGUAUUUAGACUUGCCAUAACAAAGGGGUUGAAUACUUGAGUCAAUAAGACAUUUCAGCUUUUCAUUUUUAAUUCAUAAUUUGUAAAAGAAAAUUAAAACAAAUCUGUUUUGACAUUAUGGGGUAUUUUGUGUAGAUCAGUGACAAAAUUCAGAAUUUAAUACAUUUUUGAUUCAGGCUGUAACUCAACUAAAUGUGGAAAAAGUCAUGGGUGUGAAUUCUUUCUGAAGCCACUGUAGCUGUACAAUGCAAUAGAUAGCCAUGUAUAGGAGGCCUAUGGCAAGUAGGGGUGGGGUUAAUUCCAAAUCAAUUCAGUUGAGGAAUGUAAAGAAUUCACAUUUUAUGAAAUGAGAGUUGCAAGUUAUUUUCACCAACAUUUCAAGUCUAUUCCCUGAGUUGAUGGAUGCCAGGUGAGUUGACCCUCCAUUGAACCUGGUCGUCACUAGUUACCACACCCACAAAGGCAUAAUUUUGUCUAAACCCUGCCUAAUUUCUACAAUUUAUCUUCUAAAAAAUCUGAUUUGAAACCUAACCUUAACCCCGCUGAUAACAUUUUGUCUAACCUUUAAAUUAAGCCCAAAAAGGCAAUGUUUUGUUUAAAUGAAUUUUUACAAUAUAGCCAAUUUGGACUUUGUGGCUGUGGUAACUAGUGGCAACCAUUGGCCCUCAUGAACAACAUCUCAAUAUAUCCCGAAGCUGUUCAGAAUGCUUAUGUGGAAAAGUAUGUGUGAAAUGGACAUGGUAUGUUAUUGUUUCCUCCGUUGCUGCUGUUAUUCAGGGCAUUGUACUGUACAUUUUCAUAUUACCAAAGCUGCUUGGGAAGAGCAUAUGAAUAAAUGUAUAUAUAAAAUGUUAAAAAUG